GGUUGGAAGUUCUUUCUCCCAUUGAAGUAUUUCCGCCUUCCCGGACCCGCGCACCAUGCCUACAUGCAUACUAACAAACGUACCAACAUACAUACACGCAUCCCAAACAUUCAACAAACCAAUAAGAGCAACACUAAGGAUAAACGAUGCGACGUGCGUAGACCUGACAAUCAGUCUACUCAAACUCCACACUCCGCGCUUUCGUUAAAUCCCCAUGAAACCAAAUCCGAAAAGCAAGUAAUCCUAGAUAAAAAGUUCCAAAAAGAUCACAAGAGUCCCCUAAGAGGUAUAAGCACAGAUAAGAAAAAGGAAAAAAAAAAAGCAGAUCCCAUGAAAAAAUCAAGAAAUCCCAAAAUGUUCAAGCAAUCCAAACACCACCACCGCCGGCGGCAUCAAGGCUGCACUGAGAAUGGACAUAUCCAUGCCGCCGCCUCGGCCUGCCGGGAUAUCAGCAAACCCAUAAACGCCUGUUGCAACGCAUUGACACCUCUCCACUCCGAUAGCAAGGUAGACUUUGGGGCCCAACACAGCCUUGGAACGGCAAGGCUUCGUCAUACCAAGCAUGACAAGAAGUCACACGGAGCGUGAUGAUAAGGCAAAAAGGAAAAUCAAGAAAGAAAACAAACUACUGUAACGCAAUAGAAAGAAACAACCGAAACACCAAACUCC